AUGUCGAAUUUCGACCAGAAUUACUCGCAAGAAGGCAAGAUCGUUAUUUCGGCAGCUGUGGCAAUCGACAAGGACAAAAAUAGCCAAUUCGCCGUUAAAUGGGCCAUCGACAAACUGAGGUUGAAGGAUAAACGGAUCAUCCUCGUACAUGUUAGAACAAAUUACAGUUUUGAUUCAGCUGUUCCUAAAGAGGGUCGAGAACCUACACAAGCUGAAACACAACAGUUGUUUCUACCUUACCGCAGUUUUUGUGCUCGAAAAGGGAUUCGUGCAACUGAGGUGAUUCUUCAAGAUCAUGACGUGGCAAGGGGACUUGCCGAAUAUAUCAGCAUGAACUCCAUCACGACAAUCGUGCUUGGAGCCUCAAGCCGAGCUGCCAUAUUGAGAGCAUUUAAGAAUGCAGAUGUUCCGAGUUCAGUAGCGAGAUGCGCACCGGAUUCUUGCACAGUGUAUGCAGUGUCGAAGGGCAAAGUCGUAAAACUCAAAUCCGGUAGUCAACCAGAGACUCCGAGCAGCUCGACAAGUUCCGUACCCCGGAAUGCGUUGUUCUCACCUGCCGAUAAUUCAAGCCAAUCGAAAUACCACCAAAACCAAACACCUCAAAAGGAAAGAUCGUACGGCAGUAAAUCGACUGCAGUCCAAAACGCGGCCAACAGCGAAGAAUCGGAAAAACACAGCAACACAAAAUACUCAACGCCUUAUGACUCGGAUAACACGAGCUACGGAGGCUCGACUUCUUACUACAGCAACUACAGCUCGUCGCCCGUAAACUCAAAACCCGGUGAAUCUGAUUUUGGACACAUGGCAAACAGGCAGGCAAACAACAGCAAGAUCUCGAAUUUAAUGCAGUCCUUGAACAACAUGAGCCUUGAGGUUCGGACGAGAGGGAGCCCCGGUUACUCGAUGUCUGAGUCGAGCGAUGUUUCGGAAGGGAUGAGUUUCCCUUCGGAUGUCUCGUUUGAGGUUAUGGAUCAUCACCGGGUUUCGGAUUCUUCCAGGAGCUCGACAUCCUCACAAACCGCGGAAAUAGAUGAUGAGCUGAGGAGACUGAAGCAAGAUCUGUAUCAAAUCACAAUGAAGUACAACUUCGCAAAUCAAGAAGCAGCAACAGCUAGAGACAAGGUCAGAGGCCUCGUCCAAUCGAAACUCGAUGAAGGAAGCAAACUGGACGAGGCAAGGCAAGCCCACGAGGCUGCACUGGCUAUUGUUGAGCGAGAGAAGCUGAUGUGUAAAGCAGCAGUCGAGGUGGCUCACAAAGCACAGCGUAUAGCCGAGCUCGAGUCAGAGAAAAGAAAGCAUGCAGAAUUAAAAUAUAAACAAGAAUCCGAAGAGAAACAGAAGGCGAUUGAUGCAUUAGCACGCAGUGAGAUUCGGUACAGAAGGUACACGAUGGAAGAGAUUGAGAUCGCAACAGAUUAUUUCUCGGUCGCGAAUAAGAUUGGAGAAGGUGGGUAUGGACCCGUGUUCAAGGCCACACUGGAUCACACCCCAGUUGCCAUCAAGGUCCUGAGGCCGGAUAUCUCGCAGGGCGAGCAGCAGUUUCAAAAAGAGGUCGAAGUCCUUAGCCGAAUGCGCCACCCGAACAUGGUAGUCCUCCUUGGCGCCUGCCCCGAGUACGGAAGCCUCGUUUAUGAGUACAUGGAAAACGGAUCCCUCGAGGACCGUCUCCACCGCAAAAACGGGUCUCCUCCCCUCUCUUGGCCCGCCCGUUUCAGAAUCGCCGCCGAAAUAGCCACAGCCCUCAACUUCCUCCACAGCACCCGACCCGAGCCCCUCGUCCACCGCGACCUCAAGCCCGGGAACAUCCUUCUCGACCGGAACUUCGUCAGCAAGAUUAGUGACGUCGGCCUCUGCCGACUCGUCCCGCCACCUGUCGCUGACAGCAUCACUCAGUGCCACAUGACUGCAGCUGCCGGAACAUUCUGCUAUAUCGAUCCCGAGUAUCAGCAAACGGGCAUGCUCGGGACGAAAUCCGAUGUGUAUUCGUUUGGAGUUAUGCUGCUGCAAAUCCUCACGGCUCGGCCAGCAAUGGGCCUUUCGCACUAUGUCGAGACAGCAAUCGAGUCGGGGAGAUUUUGGGAAGCGCUCGAUCAAGCGGUUGGGGACUGGCCGGUCGAGGACGCCCUCUCGCUGGCUAAGCUGGCUCUGAAGUGCUGUGAGCUGAGGAGGAGGGAUAGGCCUGAUCUUAACUCAGUUAUCCUGACCGAGCUCGAGAGGUUGAGGGACUUGGGUUCGGAGGUGUCCCGUGGGGGGAGCUUUUGCUAUGUGCAUUUGCAAGGUGGGGUUAGCUCGAAGGAGAGCAGCUCGUCUGAAAGUCAGGCAAAUCAGGAGAGGUUUUACAAUAUGAACUCAUAUUCGAGUCAGGAAACUAGAGAUAGCAGUUCGGGGAAACUCGAAGGGCAAAGCAAAAAUGCAUCUGGAAGUGGGAACAACUAG